GUGUGUAGUUCCGGCAGAAGCGGACAUCUUGUGGAACUGCAGAGAAGACAAGACAGCGAGAGAGGGACAGGACGGAGGAGCUGGAGCAGCACAAACGUCAGAUAGCUAGCUAGGUGGUCAGAGCAUACGGAUAUAAUACCGGUGAUCGUUGGACCGCUUCGAUCACCGUUGACUGAGUCACUCAGGGUGAACGCGUGGUAGUUAUUUAGAUAGCAAGUUAUUUGGUUUUUAUUUACCUGGCGAUUUCAACUCGGAACAGACUACCCCGGGUAACCCACAGAAAGAGAGAAUGGCGCUGAAGCGAAUUCAUAAGGAGCUCAACGAUUUGGCACGUGACCCACCAGCACAAUGUUCCGCAGGGCCAGUGGGAGAUGACAUGUUUCACUGGCAGGCCACGAUCAUGGGACCUAACGACAGUCCAUAUCAGGGUGGCGUUUUCUUCUUGACAAUUCACUUCCCCACAGACUACCCUUUCAAACCACCCAAGGUUGCGUUUACCACAAGAAUUUAUCACCCUAAUAUUAACAGUAAUGGCAGCAUCUGUCUCGAUAUUCUAAGAUCACAGUGGUCGCCUGCAUUAACUAUUUCUAAAGUUCUUUUGUCCAUUUGUUCACUGUUAUGUGAUCCAAACCCAGAUGACCCUCUAGUGCCAGAGAUUGCACGCAUCUACAAAACAGAUAACGAAAAAUAUAGUAGACUAGCACGGGAGUGGACAGAGAAGUAUGCGAUGCUUUAGGGUACAACAGAAUAGCGCGGGAAUGGACUCAGAAGUACGCAAUGUGAUGCCACCUCGCCGAAGUCAGAACAACCCGUAUUAUAGCUGGAAUAAACUUUAAAUUACUGGUUUUGUUUUUUUUUUUCUUUUUUUUUUUUUUUUCCUUAUUUGGCUGCUCCCCUGUAUCAAACCAUAUCUAGGCGUUUCUUUUUUUAUUAUUUUUAUUUUUUGCCCCACAUUCAUUCACGUGCUCUUGCAAGAAGAUGGUGCCUCCGGCCCAGGCAAGACCAGGCUUUCUUGAGUUUUUAAUGUAAUUUUCCCAUUGAGAAAAAAAAAAAAUCAACCACCCACGGUUCUUUAUGGAAACUCAGUAGAGCAUGUGGCCAUAACAGGCCAACACAUCACCCCAGCCACUUGGUUAUGAGGCUUUAAAGAACCAAACCGACGACAGUGUUCCUCAUCGCUCUAACACGUGCUGAAGAUGCCAACGAAACAAGGAUGCUCCACGCGCUACCAGCCCCAUCUCGCAAGGAUCACCUCAUUGCUGGGACAGCAUCCAUUUUCUUUUGUAAGCUUUUUCCCAAUAAAGUUAGAGACCUUGAGGUCUGUUGAAAUGUAUUUUCUGCUCAUAACUGACCACCUGGACGGUGAACUGCUGUAGAGUAUAAGCAUCAGCAGCGAGGAAGUAAAAGAAAAAAAAAUGUAAAAAUGAAAUAAAAAAAGAAUAAAAUAUAAUGCUGUAUUUUAUGCAUGUUAAUAAAGGAAAAACGUUUAUGUUCUGCAGAUGAUGCAAAUUUGGAGGAUGAGAUGGGAAGGGUAGGGUGGGGUGAACUCGGUCCCCUUUUUAGGUUUUUUUUUUUGUAUUUUUUCCCCCGUUUUUAGAAAUUGGGAGCUAUUAGUUAAUCCAUCUUCCAGAACACUGUUUUCUUGUAGCACUGAAGAAAAAAAAGAUGCAAAGUUCUCAAUGGAUGACUGAUCAACUAAUAGCUCUGCUAGUUAUUGAUUUUUUUUCUUUCUUUCUUCCCCCUCCCCCCCCUCAAUAAAGUUGCAUAAACCAAUACUUGGUAGCCUGGUGCAAUUUGUAUAAAGCUGUCUUUUUGUAUGUGGCUGUAUUCACUGUAAUGAUAAUAAAAGCGGUGGGCCUUGGGACUACA